AUGGCUCGGAACAAGCUUCCAUUGAAGAAAAUUGAUAAUCCCUACCGUCGUAAUAUAACAUAUUCAAAACGUAAGGCUGGGAUUAUCAAGAAAGCCACUGAAUUAUCUGUGCUAUGCGGUGCAGAUGUUGGUGUUUUGAUGUUUUCUCCUAAUGGUAGAUUGACUAGCUUUGCUAGCAAUGGAAGGAUUGAAGACAUCUUUCUUCGCUAUCUUGACCAGGCCAAUGUACCAGAAGUGGGACCAGUUGAAAAGGAGGAGGCUCUUCAGAAGAAACUAUGUGAACUCGAUCCGAAACUGCUUGAGAAACAAGAAAAGAUGAGGUCUUACAAUCCGGAUUUGGUGAAGAUCAACUCAGUUCAUGAUGCCAAUGUGUAUCACCAAUUUCUUAUGGAUGCAAUUCGAAAUAUACAACAGCUGAAAAUGGAGAUUUUGCUUGGUGAACAUAUGGAGCUCCAAAAGUCUGAGAGUAUUCAGGUGCCUCCUGCUGCUACCAGGAAUGGUCAUUUGACUGCUGAAGGGCUGGUGGAUUCCAAUGGAAACAGGAAUCCACCAGAGGAUGAACAUCAACCUAAAGAGGCACGCUUGCCUGUUGGUCCACACCUAAGCCUUGAGUACCUGAGAACGCAGAAGCACUGGGACCUUCAAAGUGGUGGGCAGAGCAAAGCCUGA